AUGGCAGCUACGCGAGGGAUUUGUUUGGCUCUCUCGCUUUUUGUAAUCUGCUGUUCAGCGUUACAGGUUGAUGUCGUGCCAGAAAAUGAUCUUCUGCAAUUAAUUCAAAAACUGAAGGCAGCUCAACCUUACAAAGAUUUAGUAACUGCAUACUAUUCUGUUGUUGGUCUUGAAGCACUCAAUGAAAAAGUGCCUGAAAACCAGGAUGUUUGUGCAUUUAUCAAGAAAUCGAUGACUUCGAAUCUCGUUAACUUAUAUUUUGGUGCGUUUAUUGGAGACAGUUUAAAAUGCAACUUGACACCCCCAAAAGAUGCUCAAAAAGUACUAAAUGAUGUUAUACUUGAUGGCCGCACUACAUUCUUGAUUUAUCAAGCUGUCGGUGCUCUAACAAAGUUCAAUCUUAAAGUUGAUGCCUCUAUGGUGGUUAAAUCCUUGAAAUCUGCACUAGAAAAAGAUGAUAGCACUGCAAGUCACAGCUUCGCCUUUCAUGCCGCAGCUUUCUUACCAAAAGAUGCCGAUAUUGGCACAAUCCCUAAUGCCAUAGGAGAAGUACUAAAUCAAGCCGAUGAAAUUGGUGAUAAGUAUUUGCAGUUUGAUGGCGGGAUUCGAGAUACGAUUUUAUUUGUUACGGGAGUGUACCGUCUAUGCUAUGCAAGAGGUCUUACUCCAGCUAUUGACAAUGAUCAAGCAAUUAAGCUUGCCAAUUACAUUGUUAGCAAGAGGCAUGUUGGAUCCGUUAGAAACGCAUACUAUGUUGCUCUUGGGCUUCAGGCUUUUACUGAAAACAAGUUUCAAAUUCCCGGAAGCGUUGUCCUGACUAGUCAAGCCCUCAUCCGGAAAAACGAUGGAAAUAUUGUCGUGAAAGCAUGUAAUAUCUUAGGGAAACCUUUACCAAAAAUGGACGUCAAAGCUACCUCGAUUGUGUCCACUGAAGGAAACACCAUCGCAAGUGAUGUUGAUCUUGUAGAAAAAUCAGCUGGUGAAUACCAGUUUGAUUUUAAUAAAAUGAAGCCUGAACGUGGAUUUUAUACUGUUCAUUUUAAUGUUGCACCUGUUGUGGAAGAUAAACGAUUAAUUGGAUUACAAGACUCUAGCUUUAAAGUUAAAAAGGUUGUCAAUGUUGCUGUUGAAUCCUUCAAAGUAAAAACUAGCGACAUAGACCAAGCUUCAGUACAGAAAGAAGCAAGGGCGACUUUUCCAAAAGGACUAGCUUCGAAUAUUCAAGCAGAUGAGCAUUCGAAUGUAGCAAUUGAAUUUAUUGUUAAAGAUGUUGAAAAAAAUGUGGAAAUUGUACCUCAACAGGCUUUCUUAAGAUUGGCAUGUGACAAAUGUAAUGUAGAUCGUUCUUUCUUAUUCACUAACCGAAAUGAACAAUUGCUAUCGCUAGAAUUGGACAUUACCGAACUCCGUAAAACCUUCUACUCACAAAGUGGUAACUACUCUAUGGACGUAAUUAUCGGCGAUCCUACUUUUUCCAACCAGAUUUAUUGGAAAGUGGGUAGUCUUAGUCUAAAGUUUACUACGACUGGUGCUGCGGCUCCUUCGACAAAAAUUCCUCCAAGCUCUAAACCAGAGAUACAGCAUGUGUUCCGUGUUCCCGAAAAACGCCCUCCAGAGCUCGUAUCUAAGGCUUUCACCCUACUAGUUUUAUCACCUUUGGUGAUUAUGUUUGUAAUGUGGAAUCUAUUCGGAGCAAAUGUAUCUAAUUUUUCCUUUACGUUGCCAAAUAUCGUCUUUCACUUAGGAGUUGGUGCCAUCUUUUUGCUGUAUUACUGUUACUGGACCAAUUUGAAUAUGUUUACUACUCUGAAAUAUCUUGCCGUUAUUGGUGGAAUUACGUUCGUAUCCGGAACUUCAGUACUAAGGUCCAUUGCCAAUGAUAGGAUGAAAAAGGAACUGAGGUAAUCGUGAAUCAAAGAUCUGAAUUGUUAUUAAGUCUACGAAAUUAUUGUAAAACAAAAAUUU